AUGGAGGAGUGGGAGUAUUUAGAAGGACACAAGGACCUCUACAAGGACGUCAUGAUGGACAAUCAGCCGCCCCUCACAUCACCGGGUAAGAGUUCUGAGUGCGGGAAAUAUUAUUCACAAAAAUCAGAACUUGUCAUACAUCAAAAAACUCACACGGGGGAGAAGCCGUAUUCCUGUGCUGAGUGCGGGAAAUGUUUUUCAGCUAAGUCACAUCUUUGUAGACAUCAGAGAUUACACACUGGUGAGAAGCCGCAUUCCUGUCCUGAGUGCGGGAAGUGUUUUUCUCGGAAGUCCCAUCUUACUGGACAUCAAAUGUGCCACACCGGCUAUCACACGGGGGAAAAGCCAUAUUCCUGCCCUGAGUGCGGACAAUGUUUUGUACGUAAACCGAUUCUUGAUAGACAUCGAGGUUGUCAUGUUGGUCAGAAGCCAUAUUCCUGUCCUGAGUGCGGGAAAUGUUUUAUACGUAAACCACUUCUUGAUUUACACCUCAGAUGUCACACAGGGGAGAGGCCGUAUUCCUGUUCUGAGUGCGGGAAAUGUUUUUCACGGAAGUCCCAUCUUAGUGGACAUCAAAUAUGUCACAGGGGCGAGAAGCCGCAUUCCUGCCCCGAGUGCGGGAAAUGUUAUCAACGGAAAUCAGACCUUGUAAUACAUUGCAGAUCUCACACGGGAGAGAAGCCAUAUCCCUGUCCUGAGUGCGGGAGAUGUUUUGUACGUAAACCACAUCUUGAUGCACAUCGAAGAUGCCACACGGGGGAGAAGCCGUAUUCCUGCCCAGAGUGCGGAGAAUGUUUUCUACACAAGUAUCAUCUUAUUGUACAUCAGAGAUCUCACACGGGGGAGAAGCUUUAUUCCUGUUCUGAGUGCGGGAAAUGUUUUAUAAGUAGAACAGAUCUUCUUGUACACCAGAGAUCUCACACGGGGGAGAAACCAUAUUCCUGCCCUGAGUGCGGGAAAUGUUUUUCAAAGGGGUGCAACCUCAUCAGACAUCGAAGAUUGCACACAGGGGGGAAACCGUAUGCCUGUGCAGAGUGCGGGAAAUGUUAUGCACAGAAAAUAGGACUUGUUAUCCAUCAGAGAUCUCACACGGGGAAAAAACCUUUUUCUUGUCCUGAGUGCGGGAAAUGUUUUGUACGUAAAACCGAGCUUAUUGUACAUCAGAGGUCUCACACGGGGGAGAAACCAUAUUCCUGCCCUGAGUGCGGGAAAUGUUUUUCAAAGGCGUACAAUCUUUCCAGACACCAGAAAAUGCACACAGGGGAGAGGCCGUAUUCCUGUGCAGAGUGCGGGAAGUGUUAUGCACAGAAAUCAGAACUUGUUAUACAUCAAAGGUCUCAUUCAGGGGAGAGGCCUUAUUCCUGCCCUGAGUGUGGGAAAUGUUUUUAUAUGAAGUGCCAUCUUUACAGCCAUCAGCGGUUGCACACGGAUGUGAAGCCAUACCCCUGUCCUGAGUGCGGGGAAUGUUUUAAACGCAACUCACAACUUGUUGUUCAUCUACGAUCCCACACAGGGGAGAGGCCCUAUUCCUGCGCCGAGUGCGGGAAAUGUUUUACACGGAACGGAGACCUGGUUACUCAUCAAAGAAUCCACACAGGGGAGAGGCCGUAUUCCUGCCCUGAGUGCGGGAAAUGUUUUUCAGUGAAGACCCAUCUUAACAGACAUCAGAUGAGGCACACGGGUGAGAAACCACAUUGCUGUCCUGAGUGCGGGAAAUGUUUUUCACGAAAGUUUUGCCUUACCCAACAUCAGAAAAGGCACACAACCCCCCGAGUGCGGGAAAUGUCUUUGAUAUGA